CUUUCCUUCUCAUCCUUUUUUCUUCUUCUCCUUCCUGUGUCCCCCUUUGAAUAAGAAAAGAGGAAGGUUCGUAUAUCCCCGCGACAUCUGUGCCGAAAGGAUUGCGGAGUCGGACCCGUGAUUUUCAUUUCAAUAUUCAACGUUUUUCUUCGUCUCACCCUCUUUUCAACUCACUCAAUCAUUAUGGCAAACAUAUCUGAGAAAAUCCGUACUGGAGAUGAGGCUCUCGAUGCAAACACUAGCAAAGUUACUUCUCAACCUACCACUGAAAGAAAUGAGAGGGAAGAGAUUUUUCAGGAUGGGGCUGGUGCUCCCCAGCUUCAUGAUCUUUUCCAACUGACCGUUAAACUCCCGCACCACCCAAAUAGCAUGCAAAUAAUGGUAUCAACCUCGGAACAAGUACAGGAUAUCCGUCAGUCAAUCAUUGAGUUACCAGACACUUUCCAAUACACAUGCUUUCACCUUGAGCACAACGGUACUCGGAUUAGCGACUUUGUUGAGCUAUCAGACGUUCCGGGAAUCACACCCGACUCUGAACUGAUUCUGGUGGAGGACCCAUAUACAGAGAAGGAUGCUAGAUUGCAUUUAUUACGAGUACGGGAGUUGAUUGGUGCUGCCGGGCCUCGUAUAGAUCUUGUCAAUGGAAUCAGUGCUGGUCUGUGUUUGUUUGACGGAAUUGGGGUCGAGAACAGAGAUGAUUCUAAGAAGCCAAUCACAGAGGAACCACAACCUAUGGCUGGCUUUGAUUUUAACGCACCGGCUUCGCUGGAUCAAUUCCUUCCAAAAUUUCCGGUUCAUCCAGCGCCAAAGUGUGUCAAAAGCAUCGCCCUAUCACCCUGGAACCCCCCACCGCACCACCUCCGUCAGAGAGGACACUUGAUUUAUAUUCAGGUUACUACACUUGAGGGCGAACAAUUCCACAUCACUUCACAUGUAUCUGGGUUCUACGUCAACCGGUCUAGCAGUAACAAAUUUGACCCUGCGCCUAAACUCGCGCCCAAGGAUUUCUCUGCACACUCGCUAAUCGCCCUCUUGGGAUUAAUUUCCCCAUCCUUCAAUAAGGAAUUCCAUGCGUUGCAAGAAUGGAAUGCUAAGAAAGAAGCUUUGGUCACUUUUGCGCCCACAAAUGCUAUUCCGGCAGCACCCUGGUUGGUUCCAGGGCCAGAUACUAAAUAUUAUAAUCACCAGUCUGACGUGGCCCGCCCUCAAGAAACCUAUUUGAUCGCUGGAACAGAGAAUGUUGAUUCUCUCCGCGAUUUCAAUGAGGAGUUCCAAUCUACCCGGGAACUUCCGAGGGAGACUGUACAGGAGCGUGUGUUCCGCGAGAGACUUCUAUCCAAGCUGUUCGCCGAUUACACUGACGCUGCCGUUCGUGGGGUUGUUCUGAUUGCUAAGGGUGAAGUAGCUCCGCUAAAUCCUACUGAAGGAAGAGAUGCGCAGAUUUAUGUCUACAAUAACAUUUUCUUCUCGUACGGCGCAGAUGGUGUCGGAACAUUUUCUAGCGAGGGUGGCGACGAGGCUGCUCGAGUGGCUACUGGAAAGGAUGUUAUGGGUGUCAAGUAUGUUAACGGAUUGGAUAUUCCGGGGCUGUCCACACCUGGAACUGUCGUUGUAGAUUACCUCGGAAGAAGGUUGGUGGCUCAGAGUAUCGUGCCGGGAAUAUUCAGGCCACGAGAAGAGGGCCAGAGUCAGAUUGAUUAUGGUGGUGUCGAAGGCAAGGACGUUGUUGCUACCACUGAAUCGUUUGUUCCGCUCUUUGAGAUAAUGAGCCGAGCCAUGAGGGUUAAGAAGCAUAACGUCUGGGACAAGGAGGGAAAGAAGCAUGAACUCGUAGCCUCUGUGGAAACUAAGGGUUUGCUUGGAACUGAUGGGAGGAAGUACGUUUUGGACCUAUACAGAACUACGCCUUUGGAUGUGGACUUUUUGGAGAAACAUUGGAAGGGGACUGAAGGUGAGGAGUCGGAGAAAGGGUAUCCUCAUAGGAUGGCUGUUCUUAGGCCAGAACUUGUAGAGAGCUUUUGGAAGACCAAGAUGCGGGAAUAUGUUUCUGCUGAAAUGGAAAAGCGAAAGGUGGCCAAGGGGGAGGACCAGAAGAAGUCUGAUGAGGCGAAGGCCUAUGCUGGGGAGGAGGGCGAGGCCAAGGGUGAAGCCACUGAGAAGUUCGAGGAAGAUGUCCAAGAGAAGAAGCUUGAGGAACCAGUCAACAGUAUUGACAUUUCUAGCUUUGAAUUCUCACUGAAUCCUGAUGUUCUCUCCGGUCAAAAACCGGAAACAGAGGAGGAAAAGGUGCAAAUGGAGAAAGACGAGAAAGAUGUCAGAGAUGCUUGCAAUUUCCUGUUAACAACGGCAAUACCAAGAUUGAUUUCUGAUUUAGCCGAAGGCGAGGUCGGAUCACCCAUGGACGGCCAUUCUCUCUCCUGUCUCAUGCACAAGCGAGGUGUCAAUGUUCGCUAUCUUGGAGUGAUUGCCUCUUUGGCAGAUGAGGAAGGGACCAAAUUAGGCUCCAUCAAGACCCUUGCAAUUCAAGAGAUGGUUUCUAGGGCGUGUAAGCAUAUUUUGAAUGCCAUGCUCCGUGGUCUCCCCGGCCCGUUGGUCCCUUUUUGUGUUUCGCAUUUCCUUAACUGCCUCCUGGGAGCCGAGCACAACCCUAACCCAAAGGUUAUCCCUGAUGAAGGUCUCUGGAAGCUGUAUCAUGAUGCCGACUUUGGCUUCGAGAAAUUAACCAUUGAGGGUCUCCGAGCGAGUAUUGAAAAGGAGGUCAGCAAGAGGUAUCGGUACAGCCUUCAAGAAGAUUGGAUUAGCGGCAUCAAACAUCUUCAAAUGCUUCGAGAGAUUGCUCUCAAGUUUGGUCUCCAAAUGAAAAUCAAGAAUUAUGAAUUUGGCGCUCCCAAACCCACAUCAGUGGCUGCAAAGGUCAAUAGUGAGGCAUCGCCAUCUACUAAUGGAAAUUCAAAGGGCAGGUCGAGCAGCAAGAAGAAGUCGCCCGUGACAUCGAUACAUGAGGCGCCUAUUCCCAAGCGCCCCUCGAUAACAUUCGAUCCCGAGGAUAUUAUGAACGUGGUACCAGUUGUCAAGGAUUCAUCUUCUAAGAGUCUGUUGGCUGAGGAGGCACUCGAGGCUGGCCGGAUGUCGCUCAUUCAAGAUCAUAAGGAAAUGGGGCAAGAACUCCUUCUCGAAUCUCUUUCGCUGCACGAGCAAAUCUACGGUGUCUUGCAUCCCGAAGUAGCUCGCGUUUACAAUACGCUUUCCAUGCUGUAUUACCAACUAGAGGAGAAGACUGCUGCCGUAGAAUUAGCCAGAAAAGCGGUAAUUGUAUCGGAGAGGACAUUGGGAAUUGAUUCUGCCGAGACGCUACUCAACUACCUCAACUUGGGACUCUUUGAGCACGCGAACGGAAAUACCAAGACAGCACUUGCUUACAUCAAGCAUGCACUCGGUUUCUGGAGGAUUAUAUACGGCCAGGCACACCCAGAUUCGGUCACGACAAUGAACAACGUUGCCGUAAUGCUUCAAGCACUGAAGCAUUACACCGACUCCCGGAAGUGGUUUGAGGCAUCCUUGGCGGUUUGCGAAUCUAUUUUCGGGAAGCAAUCUCCGCAUACGGCCACUCUCUACUUUCAGCUUGCGCAGGCUCUUGCCCUCGACCAUGAUUCCAAGGGAGCUGUCAAUAGGAUGCGCGAUGCCUACAACGUCUUCCACGCCAAGCUCGGGCCGAACGACCGCAACACUAAAGAAGCCGAGAGCUGGCUCGAUCAGCUCACUCAGAACGCCGUGAUCCUUGCGAAGCAGGCAAAGGACAUCCAGGAGCGUAAGAAACGGGGAUUCCCCAUGACACCACACGUAACUAUGUCAACUCGUCCGCAGCCCCAGGUUGGUCAAGGAUCCGUCGCUCCCCACGGAGUAGCUGGAUCGGCGACCUCCGCGUCUGGGUUGGGGAGAAUGGACCCUCGGAGCAUCGACGAGCUCAUGAAAUUCAUCGAAGGCAGCAGCGAACCGGUAGCCCCGAAGAAGAAACCUACAAGAACUAACCCCAAGAGGCGCGGAGGUGCUGCUGGCCCCGGGCCCAAGAAAUAGAAGGGCAGGUGGAAAAUCGUUGAAUGCUGUGUUAGGGGAUUACAGUACCGGUAGAGGACGAAAGUUUGUUUUAUUAAAUGUGGGUUCUGAAUUCUUUCCAGUAAAGUUUUUUUUGCGCCUCACUGUGGAUCCAAUAAUUCUUAUUUAUUACUAUCCGCUUGCCUUGUCCAUUCCCAUCUUGGUUUCGUUCUCGGCGAUGUUCCAGCGAUCAGCAGCCGGCAACAAAAAAAGCAUUUUCUCUCUCUCACUCCUGUUUUUCGUUGUGUGUGGGUGCUGUGUAUAGGCUUUUCCUUAUUUUAUCCUCGGCAUGACGGGAAGGUUGGCUAAGACAGACCGGAACAUUGUUGGUGAAUUGAGUUGGGCCUGAUAAAAGAAAAAAGAGGGGAGGGGGGGAAGGUUUACACAAAAGUUCACUCGAUUUGGGUCUGUUUGUUUCGUGAUAUUUGUAUUUUUUUCCUCUGGGUUAUCAUUCUUUCAGUCUUCCUUUGGGCCCUUUCUUUCGGCGGUCUCUCCUCGUAGCGCACUGUAAAUAUUAUCUUCCUUCCUCCUCAUUUUUCUUGGACUGUACAGUACUCUAGUGAGCAUCAUCUCUUCUCCGUCUUUAA